AUGGCGGACCUCAACCUUCAAGAGAUUCACGAUGCCCUCGUAUCGAUUGCCCACGAGGCAGGCCGCAUGAUCCUGUCGGCCAACCCCACGGACAUCGACCAGGGAACUAAGCUUAACUCCGUCGAUAUCGUGACCGAGACCGACAAGGCCGUCGAGGACCUGGUCUCGUCCAAGCUGCGCGCCCUGUACCCGACCUUUGCCUUCAUGGGCGAGGAGACGUACAAGCCGGGCAACAAGAUCGGGCCCGAGCCGACCUUUGUCGUGGACCCCAUCGACGGCACCACCAACUUCGUCCACGGCUUCCCCGAGGCCUGCAUCUCGCUCGGCCUGGCCGUCGACCGCCGCCCCGCCGUCGGCGUCGUCUACAACCCCUACCAGGACAAGCUGUACAGCGCCGUGCGCGGCCGCGGCGCCUUCCAGACCGUCGGCCAGGUCUGGGGGCUCGAGGGCGGUCGCGGCCGCGUGUCCCGCCUGCCGCUCGCCCGCAACCCGGCCCCGCUGGCGGGCCUCGACGCCAGCCUCGUCGCCGUCGAGUGGGGCAGCAGCCGCGACGACGCCAACUACGAGCUCAAGACGGCCGUGUUCAAGCGGCUGGCCGCCGCCAAGCCCCAGGGCGGCGCCAUGGUGCACUCGCUGCGGUCGCUGGGCAGCGCCGCCCUCAACCUGUGCGCCGUGGCCGCGGGCCAGGUCGACUGCUACUGGGAGGGCGGGUGCUGGGUCUGGGACGUCUGCGCCGGCUGGGCCAUCCUGGCCGAGGCCGGAGGCAUCAUGGCCAGCGGGAACCCGGGCACCUGGGAGCCCGCCAUCGACGAGCGCAAGUACCUCGCCGUGCGCGGCGCCCCGUCCGGGCAGAAGGAGCUCGUGCAGGAGUUCUGGGGCGUCAUUGGGGAGGGCCGCAUGGAUUAUUCGAGUUAG